AUGACCGACGAGCGGCAGGCCAAGCUGUACCCGCAGUACUGCUUCCACCUGUCGCCGACCAUCAACCGCUGGUGUCAUAUCCGGAUUGCGGACAUCCUCGCCUUGACAAGCCACCCUGGGUUUCUGGGCCAAGAUAUCUAUUUCCAUCUUAACCACCCCAUUAAAUGGGUGCGCAUUGCCGGUGUUGUAAUCGCCGUUGACGAACGCGAAGGCAAACACAUUUACACGGUUGAUGAUAGCAGUGGUGCAAUAAUCGAAUGCGUUGUGGUUGUUGCGCCUCGACUCGGACCUGGAACUACGGCGAGGAAGGGAACAACAACAUCAAAUGCGAAAGACGCACAGCCUCUCCCGGUAGUCGACGCACCCAUCGACAUUGGGCACACCAUCGACAUCAAAGGCAGUCUCAGCACGUGGUGGGAGAAGAGGCAGAUCCGCGCCGAAAAAAUUGUCCACCUACACUCGACCGAGCAGGAGGUUCUGUUCUGGGAGAAGGUCACACUGCUGAGAAGGGAGGUGCUCUCCAAGCCGUGGGUGCUGGGCCGCCGAGAGGUGAGGAGGUGCAGGAGGGAGUACGAGGGGAGCCACUCCCGCCGGCUCACGAAGGCCAGAGACAGCUUCAAGACCGACCAGGGAAGAAUUGACACGGCAAAGGCGGAUCUCGGAAGAAGCAAGGCCCAAGGCAGCCACGAAGGGAAGGCUUUACCCAGGAGUUACUCCAGAGAAACCGGCCUAGAGAGGAAGGCCACCAAGCGUGUCAUGGGGCUGAUGCCUGUGGCGGCCCGCAACAAAACGUUGGGUUUGUGA